UUACAAUGGCGGAAGAAUUAUCAACGGUGAUUAUUCCACAAUUGCAAGCUAGUUCCACAAAGAAACGUCCUUCGAAGAACGAAAAUUGGUGCCUCGAGGACUACCUCCUCCUCAUUCACUCUCGCCAAACGCUUCAUCUCACCAUCAAUCAACUCAAUCAGGUUCCGUAAUUCUGUUCGUUCUAUACGAUUUGCAAUUCUCAUUCUAAAAAAUUUUCCGAUCGUUCUUUCUGAACACUCUGUGAUUCACUUUCCUUCUUCCUUCUCCCACAUGUCAUCCGCGUUCACGGCUUCAAGAAAAUCCACCUCGCUCCUAAGUGCGCAGAAGGUGCUGGUAGACGCGGUGGAGUCGCUGGAUCUGGUUGAUCUGCCGCGGUCGACGGUGCAAGAGAGCAUGUCGGCAUUCGCAGCUGUGGCGCUGGAGGACGUGGUGGUGGAUCUGGGCGAGUUGAACUGGCAGGAAUGCUGCGUCACCUCCGUCGAGAAGAUCAGCUUCUCCAACGGGCAGAGCGUCUUCCCUGGUUGCUCCAAUCAGAGCCUCCACGUCGUGAGCCACUCGCAGUCGCAGGCUCAGAAAGAGAACAGGAUCGACGAAACCCGUGACCUAAUCCCUGAGGCUUUCAGAAGAAGCCUGAAACCAACGAAGAUGGUGCCAAAGCGGAAGAGGAGCAACGCUCGUGACUCUGUUGCAUCUACUGUGGAUUCCGCUUCUCUCGCUUCGUGCUGAAUGAAUGAUAUAGUGUUUCCAAUGCAUUAUACAAAUUAAACUGGAAUUUGACUAAAUAUGACUACAGUAAAUAGUAGAUAGGAGACUGGAUAUGAUACUACAUAUCAAUGUUAUAGGUUCAGUGAUUUCAUAUUCUCAAGGAUUUUUCAUGUUUUUACAUUUGUUGACCGAAAUGUGUCUCACAAAAAUGGCAAGUGAUUUUCCAUUGAAUUAUUUUCCUUAGGGAUUGUUCUGUUCCGUUUAUUAGCCUCCCAGUUUUCCUACUAUUCCUCACUGGUCUCUUAUUUCCUAUCUUGCACAUUUUAUAGCAACAUAACUUGUAAGGAUAUUGGAAUUUGAAAGU